AGCGGGAGCCGGUGCGCCAACAUGCGGACAGAGAGCAGCGAGCUGCGGGGCGCUGAGCGGCUUCACCGGGACCUGCUGACCGGGGGAGUCCGGGGCUGAGGCCGCCUGUCGUCCCGCAGGGAUCCGAGUCAUGGACUGUGAGGAUCCGCUCCUCUGCGAUCUAAGCUGCCUGUUGGAUUCCUGUGUCAAACUCUGAAAGAAGAACGUCUGAGUGUGUUUGUGGAUGCACUUUGCGCAUUGAGUCUUUGGAUGAACUGUGCGCAUUGAGUCUUUGGAUGAACUGUGCGCACUGAGUCUUUGGAUGAACUGUGCGCACUGAGCUGUGGAGCCGCUGUGGACGCGCACUGAGGACAUGGAUAACUGUUAUUUCUUUGCUGUGUUUCUGCUCGUUCUCUCUAUGGGCUUCAGGAUCGAAGAGGGAAUGUGCCAACACUAUUAUCUCCUCCGCCCCAUCCCCAGUGACACUCUGCCCGUGGUGGAGCUGAAGGAGGACCCAGACCCGGUGCUGGACCCGAAGGAGAAGGACCUGAAUGAGACGGAGCUCCGGAGCGCAAUGGGCAGCCACUUCGACCCGCACUUCAUGUCUGUGUCCUCCCCGGAGGACAAGUACUCAGGGAACGAGGAUGUGAGCGACGCAGAGACGAGACAGAAACUCUCCGGGGCGAUGCCCAAAGAGAUCCGGGCCAUGGAGUUCGAGGUGCAGCACGGGAAGAAGCAGAAGCCGAGUAAGAAGCUCCGGAGGCGCCUGCAGCUGUGGCUGUGGUCGUACGCGUUCUGUCCGGUGGUUUACGCAUGGAACGACCUGGGCAGCAGGUUCUGGCCGCGCUACGUGAAGGUGGGGAGCUGCCUCAGUAAGAGGUCCUGCUCGGUGCCGGAGGGGAUGCUCUGCAGACCCUCCAGGUCCACUCACUUCACCAUCCUGAGGUGGCGCUGUCUGCAGAGGAGAGGCGGCCUCAAGUGCGCUUGGAUCCCGGUUCAGUACCCGAUCAUCUCAGAGUGCAAGUGCGCGUGUCCGACCUGACUCUCGUCGUUAUUCGAUACACAAACUGAAAAACACUGAAUAAAAAAAAAUUCUCAUGACUCAUAACAACAAAAUCUAAAUUUCACUGAUGAUUGAAAAAUCUUUUUAUUACAAAUCAUUAAAACAGGUGUUUUUUACAGUGUGAGGGUGUAAAUGUUUUUAUCUGAUGAACUUCAGUAUUAUUAUAAAUCAUAUUAUCAGAUCCACUGUAUUUAAUGUAUCUGUUUGUAUUUAUGAAGAAUCAAUGACUUUCUGUGAUUAAAUGAAUGAAGCUGUUUGUAAA